AUGAGCGACCGUGUUCGACGUCGACGUCUUGAAGCAUCAGAUCAGUUUGCUCCCCAACUUAUUUCUUCCCGACGAGCUCAGGGCGGACUGUCACCUGCAUCGAGAAUCCGAAUCGCUGCUGAUGCACAUCGACAUUCGACUUCUGAUGAUGACAGUGGAUGUGCUUUGGACGAAUACGCUUGGGUACCAAGUGGUUUGAAACCAAAUAUGGUUCAUGCCUACUUUGCUUGUCUACCUGAAAACAAAGUGCCUUUCAUCGGAUCUGCUGGGGAGAAAUGGAGACAACGUCAGUCUCGUUAUCAACUUCCACCGCAGGAUUCAGAUGUCAGAUACUGCGAAGACUUGAAUUCAGAAGAAGCAGACACUCUGAGAAUGUUUGAGAGAACAAGGAAAACUGAGUGUCUUGGAAGUGGAGUUGUACAGUAUGCACCAUUCGAUACAAAGUGUGAAAAAUGUCCAAAGCGUCUCGAAGAAGGAGAAAUCAGUGUUAUGGCUACGAGAACCCAGAAAAGAUAUCAUCCAGCAUGCUUUCGAUGCCAGACUUGUGAUGUUCUUCUGGUCGAUUUGAUUUAUUUUGCUCACGAAAAUCAGAUAUUCUGCGGUCGACAUCACGCGGAACAAAUCAAACCACGGUGUGCAAAAUGUGAUGAGGUCAUCUUUGGGGACGAAUGUUUGGAAGCAGAAGGCCGUUCAUGGCAUUUCCAUCACUUUCAAUGCGCACAGUGCAACGAUGUUUUGGCUGAUCAGAAGUACAUGCAGAGAGCCAACAAACCAGUGUGUCUGAAAUGUUUUCAUUCGUCAUCAUCAACAAUUUCUUGUACAACCUGCCGUCUUUCUUUCUCUUCUGAUACUCCUCAUAUGUCUCAAGGAGAUCUUCAUUGGCAUGCUUCUGCUGAAUGUUUCUGCUGCUGCGUUUGCUCUAAAAACUUGCUCGGAGUCAAAUACUCAAGAGUAGGAGAAUCGCUUUUCUGUGGAUAUCAGACAUGCGGAGGAGAAGACGAAGAACUUUUGGAUGAAGAUCGUUUGGGAUCUCCUCAUAGAAAAACAACACAGAAGUCAACGAGAGUUGUCCGAAUUCCAGCUUCACCAAGAGUGGCUCCACGUCUUCCACACAUUGUUCAGCAGAAUCAGAAUUUUAUGACAACCACAAUGCAAAUUCAGAAGCCAAGUGUCAUAAAUAAGAGCCAGGGUCAACGCCCAAAGCCACCACAAAGAGCUCCACCACCACCUCCAUCUGAGAAUAUCUACGAAACUGUUCUUCCAUGUUCAUCUCAAAAUAGCCCAAACUUCGACAAAAAAUAUCCACAUGACAUGCCAACAUCUCCAUCUCAUCAUAAUUACUACUCGAAGACACCGAACAAGUUGUCAACUGGAUACCCAGAAAUGGAUGGAUACAGCACGUCUUCUUCGUCAGAUUCAGAAGAUGAACAACUCUAUAUAUCAAAUAUAAUGGCAGCCGCUUCUUUGAGCAGAGCACCCGUCAAAAAUUCAUCUCGAAAAUCGAAGAAAAACGAGCCAAUGAUGAUGUCAGGUGGAGGUGUUCGUAUGGCGAAAAAGAAGAAGAGUUCGAGAUGUACUGUCUCUUGA